AUGAUAAACUCGCGGUCUCAGGUAUUACACCGAGGCGAUGAGGACGGGAACUACGCAAAUAUACAAGAUUCAAUAGAGGCUCACCUUAUAAUUACCUUAUCCGAUGGUUCGGAGGUUGUCAACACCAGGAGGAAUGGUUAUACUACGACCAAGGCCGUUACCAGUAUGAACGAUGGUAUGACUGAGGGCCUGCAAAUGAUGAAAAUCGGCGAUCAUUUCCAGUUCUUCAUUCCGAGCGAGAAACGGACCGGUGCGUCGUACGGUGACUCGGUGUAUCCCGGCGAUGUUCUGAUAUACGAUGUAGAGGUAUUUGAUAUUAUGGAACCCAACUAUCUGUCCUGGACCGAAGACCCCAAGAAGAUACUGGGUGUUCUAGUGUUUCUGUACUUUGGACUCAAGUACUUCAGAGACGAUCGGCGCAAACUCACCCUACCGCUCGUGACAACGGACAAAGCCACUGCGCCCACAAACACGCGCGUGUACAUGGACAUUUCCAUCGGAGGAGAAGCGGCAGGGAGGAUCGUAUUCGAACUAUUCAACAAUAUAACGCCACGCACAGCAACCAAUUUCCGAUGUAUAUGUACUGGCGAGAAGGGUAAGAGUUCCAAUGGACUGGACCUUAACUACAAAGGCGUCGAGUUUCACCAAGUAAAGCCUGGCUUUCUAAUACAAGGCGGGGAUAUUUCUAAAGGAAAGCGAAUGAGUGAGAGCAUCUAUGGAGGUCGGUUCAAAGACGAGUGGACGCAUGGCACUAUACAGCACAGCAAGGCGGGUCUACUGUCAAUGGCCAACGCAGGCAAAGACACCAAUGGCAGCCAGUUCUUCAUCCUGUUGGGAAAAGCCGAGUAUCUUGAUGGUAAACACGUGGUGUUUGGAAUGGUAGAUGAGAGUGAUGAGGAUAUAUGCAAGGUGUCGUACGACGUGCUAGAUGCAAUUUCUGCCGUGGGAGCGAAGAGUGGUAAGCCAAAGAAAAAGGUAGUGGUGGAAAGUUGUGGAGUUGUUCAACCUACCAAUACGAAAAAGAGACUAUAG